AUGUGUGUCUCUGACUUUGGCUGUGCCCCGGACCCCGUUGCUCAUCACCGCAAGAUGUACGUGACACUCGUGUUCUGUGUGAAGGGCUCCCGCCUGGUCAAAUCCUUGCUCUGCCUGCCCCUGCUGUGCCCUGCCUUCCUGGUGGUCGUGGUCCGCGUGGCUGAGUACCGCAACCACUGUUCAGACAUUCUGGCUGGCUUCCUUACCGGAGCAGCCAUCGCCACCUUUCUGGUCACCUGUGUCGUGCACAACUUCCAGAGCCGGCUGCCUUCUGGCCGAAGGCUCUCCCCCUGGGAGGACUUGGGCCAAGCCCCCACCAUGGAGAGCCCCCUCGAGAAGUUAAGUGUGGCCCAGAGCCACAGAACUGCACCCGCCGUGGCCACCUGAUCCCCAGCUGCGUGUCCUCCAGGGCUCCAGCCAUGUGUUCGUCGCCCCGUGUGCCGCGCCCUCGGUUGAGGUCUGAGCCGACACCGCUGCCCCUGCCCCUGCCUCUGCGUGCACCAGCUCCCAGCCAGGGCCCCUCACCCUCCUCCCCGGGGCCUGGGGGGCCAGGUGGGGGAGGCGGACGUGGUCGGAAGCUGCUGCUGCCCACACCUCUACUGCGGGACCUGUACACCCUGAGCGGACUCUACCCCUCCCCUUUUCACCGGGACAACUUCAGCCCUUACCUAUUUGCCAGCCGUGACCACCUGCUGUGAGGCCCCACCACCCACCCAGAACCUACCCGCUCCCCAUUUCUCCCCUGCCACGCGUGUGUGUGCGUGUGCCGUGUGAGUGCCAAAGCCCCCUGUCCCCAAACCAGCCAGGCCCAGAUAUCAGCCUGGCUGGGAGGACAUUAGGGGGACCCUCCGCCUCUCUUGUCCUCUGGGACCAUCCAAGGGGCAUAACUAGGAGGUGGGCCUCUAGGGUGGCUCCUUUAAGAGCCAAAACCUGACCCUAUUGGCCACUGCCAGCCAGUGGGGACCCCCAGUUCUCAGAAUUCUAACCAAAAGGACUUUACUUCAGCCAAUGGGAAACUCCCCCGUCAAUUCUUAGAAUCUCAGGCAGAGGGCAACUCCAGGCAGUGUUCAGCGUCAGAACAACCAGUAGGAGUCCUUGGUUUUCAGAAUUUCUAAGGUGGGUGGGUAUGAUUCC